GCUCCAUCACUCCGUUGCCUCGGACGGCGCCACGACUCCCAUCCAAGGGCGACUCGCGCAGAGUCAAAUCGUUGGGGAAACGAUGGAAAGAUGCAGGUUCUUCAGGGCAGAGGGAGCCCAGGUCGUCCUGGUCUUUGGCUCCUGUGGUGGCGCCUGAAGGAGUUAGUCUUCCACCCAAUCGUCGAGACCACGAACGGCAUGUGCGCAAAAUCAACAGGUACCUGGAGCAGGUGCAUGUCAGCCCCGACGUGGUGUUGAAGGACGUGCUACAAAAGCGGAAAAACAUGGAGGACACUGGGUGCACCUCGAUCUCUGCAGCGACUUUGCUGUCUGCGAAUCGUUCACUGACGGUGUGA